AUGGAGCCAGACAGCACAGAGGACAUCGAGUCUCUCAUGGAGAACAUGGACUACAUUCCCGGCCACUUUCACCUGGACCUCAACCUCAACUGUGAACCUGUUGGGCCCAUGAAGCUAAGACUCAGGGACACUUACCUAAAACAAGAGAGCCUGCGAGGCGAGCUAGAGGCUGAAGUGGGAUAUCUACAGUACGCUGUCCGAAAUCUGCUGGGUUUGCUGGCUUUUCACCUGGAACAUUUUGACACAGCUGAGGAAAUAUUCAGAAGCAUUUGUAAAGAAGACCCUGGUAACCUUAAUGCCUGGGCCAACCUGGGCUACGUGUACGACAAGCUGGGGAGAGAGCUGGAUGCAGGGGAGUGUGUGGAAAAAGUGUCCCAUCUCAUGGGGUUAGACGCUGGAGAGGCCUUUCAGGAGGAGGCCAGGCUUCUGGCGGCUCGCUGCCUGGCUGAGCAAGCUUACAUUCAUCCCUACGACGUGGAGCUGGACAGUGAGGAGGACCUUAGAGACAGACUGACGGCAGCAUUGACACUAUACAACAGAGCCCUGGUCUAUGGGGAUCAGCUGAUACCAAUAGAGGAAAAACAAAGCUGGUAUUUUAAAAUGGCAACCAUCUAUAUAAGACUGGACGACAUAGUAAAGACCGAAGUUGACUCUGAAUACUCCAGACUUUCUCACUACAAUAAGGGACUGAAGCUUCUCAAAGAAACGCUAGAAUUGGAGAAAACACAACACAAAGCUCUUGCCUGGUGUUAUGUUGGUAUCAUGUUGGAGAGGAAGGAAGAGUUCUCCACCGUGCCAAUGUCUAUACAUGACUGUGGCUACUCAGCUACUGAUCCUCUAUCCUGCUAUGGAACUGCCAUAAACUUGGCCAGUGAUGAUGCAUUCACCCUGAACCUUCUGGCAAAGGUAUUCUUUCUGUUGGGUAAACAUGAGAUGGCAACAGGGAUCUGCAACAUGGCCCUAAACGUGCUCCCAGACCCAGAGCUCAACUGGCAGGCCUACUGCACCCGUGCCAAGAUCAAUAUGAUGCUCUACGUUAGGGACUUGGAGAUGGUAAAACAUGGGCAUGGUGGAAUUCCAGAUCGACAGAAACUAACGGAGGCCAGAAAAGACUUGGACAAGGUCCUGACUGUACGUCAAUGUCUGCGCACUCACCUGGAGAUGGCACAGGUGUACUACUAUAUGGGCGUAGAUGCAGUCCAGGAGAGUCUCUUGGUGGAUGAGGGGGCAGUGAACAGUGCUUUGGUGAGUCUGUCCCGUGCCCUACAGUUUGAGCUGAGUGACAGCCUGCCAGACCUCCACGUGCUUAGAGGACGCUGCCUCUUGCUGAAGGGGGAGGAGCAGAACGCUGCAGACUGCUUCAAACAGGCAGUGGAGUUAGAGAGACCAGGGAGCAAAGACACCACCGCCCUGCGCUGCCUCCUACAGGCCCUUUUGACUUUGUUCAUGCAGGGAGGCCCUGACCCAAGCCUCGCAAUCACCCAACUGGAGCUGUGGGUGCAAAAGGCAGAGAAGAGGUACCCUGAGGACAUUGUGAAGUCCGAGCUGAGGUGUCUUUACAGGACUCGCACAGCAGACGUCACAGAGUUAUCCAGAGCUCUGAUCAAGACAGGCAGACUGGACUUAGUGAGAAGGCUACUGGAAAUAGUGGUGCCUAAACAACUGGUUAAGAAGAGACCAAAGGUCUCUAGGUUUUUCUAUGUUACAUGA